AUGUCAACUCUACCUCUACAACCUUCCGUAACCUCAUCUGCGUCUCCGCCGCCACCUGCAUCACCUCCACCACCUGCAUUGUUACCGUCACUAGACGCUGCUUCUGCAGACGCCUCUACAGAGAAUCUUUCUGCAAAUGAACCGAUUGAAGCUGAACGUCGCCUUCAAGAAUUAUUUGAAGACCCACUUCUCUCGGAUUUGCCGCCAAAUAUAACCAUACAGGAAGUAGACACACUUAUUGCCCUUGAACUUGGAACAGCAUUUGAAAUCACAAUUGAGCGAAAUGGGUUGGAGGAUUUAGUUUUGAUCGUUCGCCAGAAUGCUACUGUAUAUGACUUGAAGUGUAUGAUUACAAGUAAGAUUGAAAGAGAGGUUAAUGGAGAUCAGCAGACGCAUGACCAAAUUAUUGAAAUAAAGCCUCAAAAAAGGAAGCGAGUGAUUAGUUG